GUUGAUUUGCACAAUUGCCAUCAGUUCGAAUAUUGCAUUCAACGUGUGAACACUUUUUCUACCUUGCACAUCCUACAAACAUGAGCAAGAUCGUAUUGUACACCGCAAAAUUAAGUCCUCCAGGGCGUUCCGUGGAGUUGGCUGCAAAGGCACUGGGCAUUGAGUUGGAAAUACAUCCGAUCAACCUGAUAGCUGGAGAUCACUUGAAGUCGGAGUUCCUUAAGAUGAACCCUCAGCACACGAUUCCACUAAUCGUUGACCAGGACGGGACGAUUGUAUACGAUAGUCAUGCAAUUAUCAUUUACCUAGUCACCAAGUAUGGAAAAAAUGAUGAACUGUAUCCGAAUGAUGUUGUGACACGAGCUAAAAUCAACGCAGCCCUUCAUUUCGAUUCGGGUGUGCUUUUCGCGAGAUUGCGUUUCUAUCUGGAGCCAAUUCUGUACUACGGAUCGACGGAAACUCCCCAGGACAGAAUCGACUAUCUACACAAAGCAUACCAGCUGCUGAACGACACGAUCACAAGUGAUUACAUAGUCGGCAACAAGCUAACACUAGCGGAUUUGAGUUGCGUUGCGAGCAUUGCAUCGAUACAUGCUAUUUUUCCAAUUGAUAAGACCAAAUAUCCGAAGCUGAUGGCGUGGGUGGAGCGGCUCUCCGAAUUGCCGUAUUACAAGGCAAUCAAUCAGGAGGGUGCCGAGGAAUUGGCUGCCCUUUACCACGUGAAGCUGCAGGAGAAUCGUCAAAAAGCCAAGUAGUUGUCCCAACCUGCAGUCUACAAUUUGUAUGAAAAUCUGUCGCAUUGAAGUACAUAACACUUCUCGCAAUGAUCAAUAAAAAAUUUCGUGUUUGGCCAAUA